AUGCGCGACACACCCUCCAAGUUCAUCGAGAUCCUCGAUCCCAAGGACUUACCUCGACGUAUGUCCGAUUCAGACGUCCGUCUCGAGGAUGUCCUCGCCGACCACGAAGCAACCAUCAACAGCCGAGCUCGCUCCUCUACACAAUCCUGCGCAAACCCAGGCAAAACCCUAUCUCGUACGAACUCGACAUCCCCAACGCCACGCUGGAAACGUUUGAGCAAUAUACUCGCGCAACCCCGCCGGAACUCUUAA